AACAUGGAGAGGUGAGACUUGUUACAGAACAGCGUUUUCAGCAUGUGGCGCGAACGUUAUCCAAGACUUUCAGCUACCGCCGUGUGUGUGUGAGUGCAGAGAGUUUGUUUUUGUAUGUCGGCUGAACUCAGUCGUUCCUGAGGAAGAAAGUUCUUUGUUACAAAACUAAAAUGUUGACAAGACGAGUGAAACGCAAAGCUGCUGUGACGACGGUACAGAAAAUGGAGAGGACCCCAGUGAAUCUGGAGGAUGUUGUGCGACGAUCAUCUCGACAAGCGCUGACACCCAAGCGUCUGCAGUACUCUCCUGAAAACAUCAGCACAGCUGAAAAACCUAAGAGGAAAAAGAGUGAGCUCAAAGAGCUUUCAGAGUAUGAACUGGAGCGACAAGAGAACAUCAGAAGAAACCAAGAAUUCCUGUCCUCCAUCAGUUUGUUCCAGGCCUCUGAAGAUGUCAAGCAGCUGAUGCGUCCAAAGGCAUCACAGAGGGGUCUCAUGAGGUCACAGCCUGCUGCAAAAGAAGCGCUGCCAGUUCGUAAAUCCCUUCGUCUCCAAAAUAUAGAAGCCGAUCAUUUGACUCUUCCUCCUGAACCCAGGGACACGCCUGUCAAUAAACAGUCUGUGUCUCUCAAGAAGUCUUCUGGCUCUCUGCCCAUGCAUCCAGUCAACAUGGAGGAGGGCAGCACACUGCCUUCAAAACUUUUUGAGCUUUUCUCUGAGGGCCCAACUGAGGAAAGCAAGGUACAGCUUGAUCUGAAGAAGUAUACCUCAGUCCUGAGGAACAUGAAGCUGACUGAGGACAGAGUGGCCAAAGUGGUGAAGGAUCGUAUCUUCUCUGCUGCUUUCCACCCCUGCACCAGCAGCCUGUUGAUGGCAGCCGGAGACAAGUGGGGCAAAGUUGGCCUCUGGAAGUUGGGCGGUGACUGGGGUGAUGAUGGAGUGCUGCUCUUUGAGCCUCACACUCGUCCAGUGGGCUCUUUGCUGUUCUCCAAGGCUCAUGCCAGCCAUCUACUGAGUCUCAGCUACGACGGCUCUCUACGCUGCAUGGAUCUACAGAAGGCUGUCUUUGAUGACGUGUAUGACACUGAAGACGGCCUGAAAACAUUUGACUUCAUGUCACAUGACUGUUCGACACUAGUUGUUGGUAACUGGUACGGAGAAGUUGCCAUCGUUGACCGGCGCACCCCAGGAAACUCCCAUGAGUCUGUCCACUCACUGGACCCAAAGGUUGUGCGCUGUGUCAGUGUCCACCCUGUGCAGAAACAGUACUUUGCUGUGGCAGAAAGCAGGGUAGUAAGUAUCUAUGACAGCAGAUGCCUGAAGAAAACGAACAGCAAGGCGGUCUCCCAGCUGCACGGCCACUCUUUAAGCAUAUCCAGCGCGUAUUUCUCCCCACACACGGGGAACAGAAUUCUCACUUCCUGCAUGGACAAUUGCAUCAGAAUAUAUGACACAUCUGCACUGACAACAGAAUCUCCCUUGUUGAAGAGCAUCAGACAUGACAUGAAAACAGGCCGCUGGCUGAGUAAACUGUCAGCAGUGUGGGACCCCAAACAGGAAGACUGCUUUGUAGUGGGAAGCAUGUCGAGGCCCCGGAAAGUGGAGGUGUUCCACGAAAGUGGCCAGCCUUUGCACUCGUUCAUGGAUUGUGAGAACCUUACCACAGUUCUGUCCGUCACUGCUUUUCACCCCACAAGGAAUGCGUUAUUGGGGGGCAAUUCAUCAGGGCGGCUGCAUGUCCUCUCUGACUAGGUCCAAUACAUGACAGACUAUCACCUCAGGUUGCCUUUAGAAAGGUAGAGGAAGAGAGGAAAUACAAAGUCUCACUGCUGGUUUGUGACAGUAUUGUUUGUUUCUUCCCCUGUUGAGCUUUUAUGCAGCAUUGUCUCCAUCCGUCUCCAUAUUCAAAGCCAUGUCCCUCUAAAAUUUUAAUGCAUUUUACACAAUCUAAGUUUCUUAGGUUGUGUAAAAUGGAUUAAAAUCUUAUACUAGUGACAUAUUACUCUCACAAUAACACAUCAGAAUAUAUUUCUCAUCUAUUUACAAUGAAACACUCAUCUGUACGAUCAUUGGGCUGCUUAUUAGCCUGUUCUUGUUUAAGAUGCAGUUAAACGCAUCAUUGGACUUUGAUAGAAGACCGCACUGUAAUUAAGUCUUUGCUAACCGUCCAGACACGGUCACGUUUCCUGGUGACUGUUAAUGAUCAGAGUUCUGUCUGAUAUUCUGGACUCCAGCAUGAUGUUGUGUUGUGAAGCCAGUCCUCUGCAGAUUUGGGUUUUUCCCGUUUUUUUUUCUUCUUCCCCCUCUGCCUUCAUUUUACCCUCUGCCUCAACAAGCUGUCAUGAGGAUGCAGCUACCUCCUUUAUGAUGGAGAGGAAUGAUCAGUAGCCUUUAUGCUCAGUUAGGGUCCAGUUAGAUAACUUGAUACCCCAAAUGUCUGUAUCUAAUCAAUGUCAUUAUUUGUAAAUUUCAUUAUUGUUUUUUAUGUUGCCUUUAAAACAAAUACAAUAAAUAUCAAUUGUUUA